CUGUGUACACCUUGCACAGCGCUCCCGUGAUGUCACCACACAUCACUUCCUGCCGUCAGACAGCCAGUUCGGGCCAGUUCACGGUGCUGUAGUACUCAGCCCGUCCUGCCGAGCUGUCAACACACAGCAAACAUCCACUCUGCCUGUCGGGCUGCGACAACAUUUCCCUAUCAAACUUAGUCCGUUUUCCUCUUCAACGACGUUUUCCUUCAGAUAACAGCUGCUCUCGUCUCACUAUGACUCGAAGGUGAUCUUCAGAGUGUCCAGGUGGUUCUGGGGUUCCAGGUUGGUGUGGCAAGAGAGCAAGCUAAUUGCGGGGAGGAGGACCGCCUGGGGCAUCGUGUCCCUGGCUCUCAAGUGACAAAGGGAGGGGCUUGGCAAACUGUUCUGCAGCAUGGAGAAGGAAGACCUGAAGGUCCUCAACAAAGGGGAAGAGGAAGAGAUGGAGCUGCAGGGCUACCGUCUGUGUCGUUGGCGGCUGGCCCUGGUGGGCCUCGGGGUGCUGUGUACAGGGGGCUUCCUCCUCCUGCUGCUUUACUGGAUGCCAGAGUGGUGUGUCAAAUCCACCUGCACUCGUACCACAGCCCGUGAUGCCGAAGUGGUAUUGCUGCGCUCCACGGAUGAGUUCCGGCGCUGGUUCCUGGCCAGGGUACGAGUGAUGCUGGCCCCAGGGAGCAACCCCUUCCACAGCCUGGAGACCCAGACCACCUCCCCCCCCUCCCCUUCCUCUCCCGCCUGCCCGUUUGCUUCCCCUGCCUCCCCUUCUCUGGCCAACGGACAUACCCCUCACCCCUCCGAUGGCAGCUCCGCUCAGGAGCUCAUAAGGAGAUAUGCCGACUACCAGCCCACACAGAUUCGCUAUUUUACCUUCCAUAGCACAAAGUAUUAUUGGAACGACGAGGUGCAGAACUUUGAAGUUUUAACCGGUGUGGAGGAUCUGCAGGUCAGCUGCGCCACCCUCCACUCGGAGCAUAGUGCAGGCCUAACCAGGAACCAGCAGGAGUACAGGAGACUGUUCUUCGGGGUGAAUGAAAUUGCAGUGAAAGUGCCUUCUGUUUUCAAGCUGCUUAUCAAAGAGGUCCUCAACCCUUUCUACAUCUUCCAGCUCUUCAGUGUGAUCCUGUGGAGUGCCGAUGAGUAUUACUACUAUGCUGUGGCCAUUGUUUUAAUGUCGGUCAUAUCCAUAGCUACCUCUCUGUACACCAUCAAAAAGCAAUACAUCAUGCUUCACGAUAUGGUGGCAACUCACAGUAUUGUCCGUGUGUCUGUAUGCCGAGCCAACAAUGAAAUCGAAGAGAUUUUGUCUACUGAUCUUGUGCCCGGUGAUCUGAUGGUCAUCCCGAGCAAUGGGACUAUCAUGCCAUGUGAUGCCGUGUUGGUCAGCGGCACCUGCAUCGUCAAUGAAAGCAUGCUCACAGGUGAAAGUGUUCCUGUGACAAAGACCAACCUCCCAAACCCGGUGUCAGGGGGCAGAGAGGAGUCUGACAGUGCCUACAACACAGAGGAGCAUAAGAGACACACACUCUUCUGUGGCACCCAUGUCAUUCAGACCCGCUUCUACACAGGCGAACUGGUCAAGGCUGUGGUGGUCCGCACAGGUUUCAGCACAGCCAAAGGCCAGCUGGUGCGAUCCAUCCUUUAUCCAAAACCCACCGACUUCAAGCUGUACCGCGAUGCCUACCUCUUCCUGUUGUGUCUGGUGGCUGUGGCUGGAAUUGGCUUUGUCUACUCCAUCGCCCUUAGUGUCAUGAACAAGGUGCCAGCUAAGACGAUCAUUAUUGAGUCCCUGGACAUCAUCACCAUCACUGUGCCACCAGCGCUGCCAGCCGCCAUGACAGCUGGUAUUGUGUACGCCCAGCGACGCCUCAAAAACAUUGGCAUUUUCUGCAUUAGCCCACAGAGGAUCAAUAUCUGUGGACAAAUAAAUCUCGUCUGCUUUGACAAGACUGGAACUCUGACAGAAGAUGGAUUAGAUCUAUGGGGAGUCCAGAGGGUUGAGAAUGGCAGUUUCCACCUGUCGGAGGAAAAUGCCUACAAGGAAAAUCUUGUCAAGUCCCAGUUUGUGGCCUGUAUGGCCACCUGCCACUCUCUUACUAAAAUAGAGGGCCAGCUGUCUGGAGACCCGCUAGACCUCAAAAUGUUUGAGGCUACUGGCUGGAUCCUGGAGGAGGCCACCGAGGAGGAAACAUCUCUCCACAACCGUAUCAUGCCUACUGUGGUUCGACCCCCAAAACAGCUGUUGCCCCCAGAGCCUGCUGCAUCACCAGAGCAGGACAUGGAACUGUAUGAGCUCUCGUCUGCGUAUGAGAUCGGUAUCGUGCGACAGUUUCCUUUUUCAUCAGCACUCCAGAGGAUGAGUGUGGUUGCUCGUCUGCUCGGGGAGAAACGUAUGGAUGCUUACAUGAAGGGGGCGCCAGAGGUGGUGGCUAGUCUCUGCAAGAAGGAGACAGUUCCAGAAAACUUUGCAGAGGUUUUGGAGGGAUACACCAAGCAGGGUUUCAGGGUCAUAGCUCUGGCUCAUCGUCGACUUGAGUCCAAACUCACCUGGCACAAAGUCCAGAAUGUCAACAGGGAUCACAUAGAGGCAAACAUGGAGUUCUUGGGUCUAAUCAUCAUGCAGAACAAGCUGAAGGCAGAAACCCCAGGAGUGUUGCAAGACCUCCACAGAGCACACAUCCGCACUGUCAUGGUUACUGGUGACAACAUGCUGACAGCAAUCUCUGUGGCCCGAGACUGUGGAAUGAUCCCUCCCCAAGACACAGUCAUUAUUGCUGAUGCCCUCCCUCCCCAUAAUGGACAAGCUGCAAAGAUCACCUGGAGAUACGCUGACAAGCCGAGCAAGAUAUCUCACCUGGAGGAAGUAAACAUCAGUCUAGAGGAUGUAUGUCAUGUAGAUGAGGAGAAAACACAAGAGUUGUACCACUUUGCUAUGAACGGAAAAUCCUUUGCCGUCAUCGAGGAGCAUUUCCCUGACAUGCUUCAAAAGCUGGUGCUGCAUGGGACAGUGUUUGCCAGAAUGGCCCCGGACCAGAAAACUCAGCUUGUUGAGACAUUGCAGGGCGUAGACUACUUUGUUGGGAUGUGUGGAGAUGGUGCAAACGACUGCGGGGCUCUGAAGAGGGCUCAUAGUGGCAUCUCUCUGUCAGAGCUCGAGGCCUCGGUAGCCUCUCCCUUCACCUCAAGGACCCCCAACAUCUCCUGUGUCCCGAGCCUCAUCAGGGAGGGACGUGCUGCUCUCAUCACCUCCUUCUGUGUGUUCAAGUUUAUGGCUCUCUACAGCAUCAUCCAGUACAUCAGUGUCACUCUCCUCUACUCUAUCCUUAGUAACCUUGGAGACUUCCAGUUCCUCUUCAUCGAUAUCGCCAUCAUCCUCCUUAUUGUGUUUACCAUGAGUCUGAACCCAGCGUGGAAAGAACUGGUGUCAUGUCGUCCUCCGUCAGGUCUGAUCUCAGGGCCUCUGCUGUUCUCUGUGCUGACCCAGAUCCUCAUCUGCUUGGGUUUCCAGACCAUUACAUUCCUUUGGGUCCAACAGCAGCCCUGGUACGAGGUCUGGACACCACUUACAGAUGUCUGCAACCAGUCAUCCUACAUCAACGCGUCUGACCACAACGACACAGAGGUGGACGACCACAACAUCCAAAACUUUGAGAACACCAGCCUCUUCUAUGUCUCCUGCUUCCAGUAUCUCAUUGUUGCCAUCGUUUUCUCUAAGGGCAAGCCUUUCAGGCAGCCCACCUACAAGAAUUGGCCUUUUGUGGCGUCUGCCUUGAGUUUGUAUUUUUUCCUGCUCUUUAUCAUGUUCCACCCUGUCCAAGGCAUUGACGAUUUUCUAGAGAUUGUUUGUGUCCCGUUUGAGUGGAGGGUAAAACUUUUCCUCAUCACAGUAGUCAAUGCUGCUGUGUCUGUUUUGGUGGAGACCUUCAUCCUUGACAUCGUCUUAUGGAAGCUUGUGUUCAGCCGAGACAAACAGGGCAGCUUUGGCGUCACUCCUGCCGCCCCGACACCACAGGGGGGCAUUGACCUGUGGGGGUACAAGUGUCUCUCCUGGCUGUGCUGCCCACGCAAGAUGGCACCAAAGGCUCGCUACAUGCAUCUGGCCCAGGAGCUAAGUGUGGACCCUGACUGGCCUCCAAAGCCGACCACUACCACUGAAGCCAAGCCUCGCCCAGAAAACGGCUCCACCUAUCAAAUCAUGCUCAACUCCUAGCACCCCCCCAGCCCCAGAAUCUAAUCUAUUCCUUUCAUACAGGAGACAUGUGUUCAAUGAACACACAUUCAGUCUAUUCAAACAGAACUGUCACGAGAUAUUUUCUGUUUACUGCUCAGAGAUUUGUGUGUAAUACUGUAGUUCCAGAGUUACUACAGUAUUUCACAUAAGAAUCAAAAAAAUUCUGUCAGUACUCCUGCUCUUUCUGGCUCCUCCACUUGCGCACACUCAGGUCUCUCUUGCUUGUCUUUAAAUGUCAUUUAAACAUCAGUAACAUUAAAUGUAAGUCCCAUUCGUUAUUGCAAUGUCUGUUCAUCAAAGUUGAUGCAGCAUUGAGCCCAGCCCGGGAGGGGAGUUGAUAAGUCAGGUCGAAUUAGCGUGUUGACCUCUUCAGAUCUUUGUCUGUGUGAAAGGGAUGUAAAAAAAAAAAAAGAAAAAGGAGAGGAGAUAAAGUCCCACUCUGCUUCAGAGCUAGUUUCUGGCAUACAUGUGCUGUCAGAAAUGUGACGAAUGCUAGAAAAUAAUAAUUGUUAGUGCUUCAGAUUCCAUUCAGUCACUGUAUUAGAUAUCUGUUUUAGAUAAAUAGUGAAAUAGCCCAUAUCAUGUCUCAGCCUUUCAGAAUGGUUGCUCGAAAAAUCGUAGAUUAUGGAGAAGUACAAUGUAGGAUGAAGCUGAUCCUAGCUGAGAAGCAAGGCCAAGCAAAGCCAAGCAAGGCUCCACAGCAAGGCCAUUCUACGUUCAUGUUUCUGAGCCACCACCACCACCUCACUUUUAGGAUGCUCAAAACUGUUUGAGAGCAGUGCAGGCUCUGAUUGCUACUGUGUAGUGGUCUUAUGCAUGUGUAAAUAUAUCUAUUGUUAUUUUAAUGAGCUAGUAUCACCACCUGGCAAGCACUCAUCGGAAAGCAUACGAUCUUAACCAAAAAGAAAAGCUUUAUCGUGGACCCCCAGGGAUGAAUGAUAUUACUCAUUUAAGACCAGUAUCCAAAUAGUCUUUCAAGCACACUGAGUUGUAGAAGAUUGAAAACACAGACUAAUCCGUGGGUUGCAUUUUCUUAGUAAUUUGGCCAAAACUUCCAUGCAGAAAAUACUAAGGAUUGUAAAAGUAGAGGAUUUAAAGAGAACAGUGAGAGAGACAGAUGUGCUGACCCUCUUCCAACCACAGGCUGGGACCUGUGAGCGAAUCUGUUUGUCAGAGUUUAACUUUAGGGUUUUUAACAAAGAUAUUGUUGUGUACAAAAAAAAAAAAAAGACAAAAGGACAAAAACAAUGUUCAUCUCAAGUUUUUAGCCGUGCUAGCUAGAGUAGUGAACCAUGUUAGUCUUGUUUCAGACUGAAAUAUCUCAACAACUAUUUGAUGUAAUGAAAAUCGGCACAGACUCAUGGACCUGAUUUAUUUUUUUAUUUAUUUUAAGCCAUGUCAUGUCACCAAUCAUGUCAACAACUCUUUAUUUCAUAAUACCAUACCUCUAAAACUAAUGACUGAAUUCUCAUCAGCCUCAGAUUUACUUUCAUAUUAAUGAACAAUGAAUAACAAUUCUGGCAGCGAGCUUCUUUUUUCUUUUAUCCCACUCGUGAUAAACAACAACUUGGUUUACUUUUCGUCUGAUUUAAAA